CCGACACCAGCGAACCGUUCUCAAUCUAGUGUUUUCUCGGUACCGCAAAUUCGAAGAAGUACUAACAGUGUAUUUAACGACACUUAUACUGCGAACGUCCCGCUGAGGGACCCCGAUUAUUUAGAGACAGUGAACGAAGGGGUCCUUAUACUUCUAAAGGACUUUGUAGCGGUAUAUAUAGCUUAUAAGUCUGCUUAUAGUCUCGGUGGAAGUUCCUAUUCCUACUACAUACCGGCAGUACCUAGAGGUUCAUCGCGGGAUAUAUCUAAAUCCUCUCCUACGGCUAUUACUUUCCGCGAUAUAGGCGGAAUAGUAUCGGUAUCGUACCGAAUCGGGGUAACGUCUCUAAUAAGGCGACGAGGGAUACGCUCUGUAGACUUAGGCGAAGAUAUCUAUAUUGCAGCCUAUAAUCCUACAAUAGGUGGCCCAGUUUCGCAGUACAACGAGGGUAACUCGGCUUCGUCCUGUCCCUUCUUCGUAGUGUAUUACGCUGCAAUAUACGAUAGUAAGAAUUGUACCUAUUGCAAUAGCUUAUAUAAGCCUUACGAGACAGUCCCUAAGGGUAUCGAGGGGUACCGUUUCGAACUGCGUGCUUAUCUCUCUGAAACGUCCGAAUUUUCGUUACCCUGUAAGCUUAUCGAUUCUGUUACAGUGUAUAUUCGAUACCUUAUCGCCUCUUUUAACAAUUUCGUUAAAGCUUACCGCCGCGCUUAUUCUCUCCCGGGAAACUAA